GAGAGCGAGAUGGAGAUGGACGGUGGGGUGGAACUGGGUAGUGAGGAUGACGAUGACGACGAUUUGGGAGAGGAGUUUGAGGACGUUAAGAUGCAGUGAGAUUGAGGCCCAUGUUAGCAUGCGCCAUCACAUGUCAGCGGCAGGUGAAUAGCCGCCACUGGGCGACCUCGUCCACAAUAGAGAGUAUGCCCACUCCACAAUCGUUCCUUCCUCAUUCGGCCAAGUCAUGCACCAUCACCGAUCAACAACCCUCACAGCACACGAUGCCAACCCUCAAACAAAUUCAGUGCUCCAUCGAGCUAGGCCCCAGCAACACCAAACUCACAGAGUACGGCGCACGCUACAGCGACGGCCACGUCGAGAGCUUCAUCGCCGUCCCCGACACCGACCUGGCCUUCACCAUCCACCUCACCUCACAAGGCUACAUCGCGCCCGGCCUGGCCUUUUUCGUCUACAUCGACGGCGAGUACCAAUGCAAUCGCAACCGCACCAAUCUCAGACUUCCCGGGACAGGCGUGCAGCCGAGUGAGUAUGAGACGGAGUUUCGCUUGCGGCAGAAAGAGGAGAAGACGAGUUUGGGGACGUUUGUUGCGAGGGAUUGGACGUUCGUGAAGUUGGAUACAGGUUUGUGGCUUUGCUGCUUGGGAGUUGUGCUUCGCUGACUCGCGAUCAGUCGCUGCUGACAAUGCGCCCAGCCUCAAUCGGAAUUUCACGCACAAUGUGGGUACUAUCGAGGUGAUAUGCCUGCGUUGCAAGUCGGAUGAUGAUGAGCCUCCGCCGGCUAGAGUA